AUAUGCUGGCACAUUCACACAUCUCUCACACGAGCCUCAAAUUUCUGUUUGGAUUCUGAGGACAGAGUUUCUCUAACAGUAACUCACCUCAGUUCACAGAUACAACAAUGGAUCUGUCAGAUGCAUUGGGGGAUGGUAUGACAACCAACAGUCCCUGGCCUGGUCAGAACCAGCAGGCAGGGGGUGCUGUUUGGCCAGGCCAACAGCCCAACCAGCCAGCAUGGCCAGGCCAACAGCCCAACCAGCCAGCAUGGCCAGGCCAACAGCCCAACCAGCCAGCUUGGCCUGGGCAGGCUGGGCAGGCUGGACAGCCUGGGGCACCUGUAUGGCCAGGUGGGCAGCCAGGACAACCAGCUUGGCCAGGACAGCCAGCCCAACAACCCCAGUGGCCUGGGCCCCAACCUGGGCAACCCUCUCAACCCGGGUGGCCUGCCCAGCCAAGCCAACCCACAGCCCCGGGGUGGCCUAGUCCAAACCCAGGUCCAGGCCCCGGCCCACCAAUGGCAGCUCAGAAGUCUAUGACGGUGCCCUAUGAUCAAAUUCUGCCAAACGGACUGUACGACAAGCUGCUCCUCACGAUCAACGGGAGGAUCAACCCCAACGCCAAAAUGUUCACUGUGAACCUGACAAGAGGAAAUGACAUCGCCAUGCACCUGAACCCUCGCUUUGACGACAAAGGCAAGAAGACCAUCGUCAGGAACAGCCUCAUUGCUAACAACUGGGGCAAGGAAGAGAGGGAACACAAACAGUUCCCUUUUGUUCAGGGACAGUCAUUUGAGCUCAAGAUCUUGUGCACAGCCAGUGAGUUCCGAGUAGCUGUCAACAAGGUCCACCUGUUUGAGUUCAAACACCGUAUGCGUGACCUUCAGGCCAUCAACCAUCUAGGCAUCUACAACGACGUCACCCUGUCCUCGGUGCUGAUCGAGAGGCUACCCUGAGACCAGGCCAGACAUGCAUCAGCACACAAACCAGACUCUGAUGUGGCUUUGUAACUAUUGCUCCCAUGUAAAUCUACAUCCCUGGUCAUUGUGUUUUCUUUUUCUAUUUUCCAAAAAUGUUUUUACAAGAAAACUUGACAUGACUUUUCAUCUCUUUCUUAUUUCUCAGUUUAGUUUGAAAGUAAUCAUGUAAUACUAAAAGCGAUGAAAUAAUGAAUCAGGAAUUGUUUGUCGUCAUUCAAAUGGAAUAAACAAUCUGAUAAAGAA